GGCCCGGCCGGCUGGGGGCGGAGCCCGGUGUGCAGCGGCGAGGGCGGCCGCGGCGGGAGGUGGAGCCUCUGCCCGGAAGCCGGCGACCUGCGGCCAUGGCUGUGCCGGCGCGCGGCUCCUUGCUGCUCGGCGGCCGACUCGGCCGCGUGCGGGCGCAGGGCGGGAGCGUGUUCCGGGGCUUUCGGAGCAGCGGCGUGAGACACGAUGCCGUUAUUAUCUCAGGAACUGAAAUGGCCAAACAAAUCCAGAAAGAAAUACAGAGAGGUGUGGAGUCAUGGAUUUCCCUUGGGAACAGAAGACCUCACCUCAGUAUCAUUUUGGUGGGGGAUAACCCAGCAAGUCAUACGUACGUCAGGAAGAAGAUCAGAGCCGCCUCUGCUGUAGGAAUCUGUAGUGAGAUCAUUCUAAAACCUAAGGAUGUUUCUCAGGAAGAACUUUUGGAUAUAACUGAUCAACUGAAUCUGGACCCAAGAGUCAGUGGUAUAUUAGUUCAGUUGCCACUACCAGACCAUGUGGACGAGCGAACCGUGUGCAAUGGAAUUGCCCCUGAAAAAGAUGUGGAUGGAUUCCAUAUCAUCAACAUUGGAAGACUGUGCCUUGACCAGCGUUCUCUCAUACCUGCCACCGCCAGUGCUGUUUGGGAAAUCAUCAAGAGGACAGGAAUUGAAACAUUUGGGAAAAAUGUGGUUGUAGCUGGAAGAUCCAAGAAUGUAGGGAUGCCCAUCGCCAUGCUUUUGCACACUGACGGAGAGCACGAGCGGCCGGGAGGUGAUGCAACAGUGACCAUAGCUCACAGAUAUACUCCUAAAGAACAACUGAAGACCCAUACUCAGCUGGCAGAUAUUAUCAUAGUAGCUGCUGGUAUUCCAAAGUUGAUUACAUCAGAUAUGGUUAAAGAAGGUGUUGCUGUAAUCGAUGUGGGUAUCAACUACGUCCAUGACCCAGUGACGGGAAAGACAAAAUUGGUGGGAGAUGUGGACUUUGAAGCUGUAAAGAAGAAGGCUGGCUUUAUCACUCCAGUUCCAGGAGGUGUGGGACCCAUGACGGUGGCGAUGCUUCUGAGGAACACUCUUCUGGCAGCUAAAAAACUCAUUUACUAGGUCACAGGAAAGAAUAAAACAGAAUGAAAUCAUGCUCCUUAUUUAUUUGACAAAGGGCAAACACCUUUAUAUUUUACUACAAAGCUAUUUAUUUCUACAUCGUAUUUAUUUUUCAUGGAUGGAGUCGUCGUGGAUCAGAUGAUUCAUGCAACUUGACGCAUUUCCUGCUCACAGAUUUUGAGUUUUAGAGGAAAAAAAAAAAAAGAAAAACAAACAAUUCCAGUGAAAACUUUGGUAACAGUGGUUUAUUUUGUGAACAAUAUUUGUUCAUAAUAUUAAACAAUAAAGGGCUCAUAAUAAAUGAAUAUAUUUUUGACACAAAUAUCGCACACGGUAUGCUUUCAACAGAUGUCUUAUCAGCCAAAUGGGUGCCCGCGGACAAUAUAAUUGAGAUUUUGACAUAAGCAGGCUCCAUUUUUAUAUAUUUUGUUUAUUACAUGCUGAAAAAGAGCUUACGUGCUAAAAGAUAAAAUAUUAAAAGUAAAAUCUUGAUCUCAUGUGUCUCCCAGAUGGAUGCUGUGAGGCAUCUUAAGGAGAAACGAUACUCCAUUCAAGGUAAGAAAAGUAAACAAAGAAAGCAAAAAAAAAAUGCAGUGCUGCUUAGAAAGGUAGUGGUCAUUUCAAACUGUGAAUGACUACUUGCCGUAGUAAAAAUGUAAUGAGAAUAUGUUAGGCUUACGUGUAAUUUCUUUCUUCUAGAAAAAUAUUUGGAUAAUACCUCCCUUGAGGAAUAAUGGAAAAUCCAAACCAAACAUAUAAAACAAAACUGUGGUUGUUUCUUCCCACAAAUAGUAGAAAAAUAUGGUAUAGUAUGAGUGAGGACUUCAUUAAAGAAUGAAGGUUUGUUCAUAGAUUCGGAAAUUAAUAGGAAAAUAAUAGAUUUAUAAUGUGCCAAAGCUAAACCUUAGACUAUAACUGAAAAUCUACUGCUUUGUUGCCCCCAAUUCUUCCCUCUUUUGUUAUGGCAGUUGAGUUGGUUCUCAGAGUAGAUGCCACAUUUCUAACACAAUUUAAAUUAGGAAAUACACCUGAAUGUCACUUGAAGGCUAUUUUGAGACUACCCUACUCACUUAAUUGUAUUGUUUUCAUGCCGAAUGCCGGUGUGUUUAUGUACCAAUAACGAUUCUUACCCAGUGCAUGUUUUUAUCAGUGCGUGCCCCUGAUCAAUUGUGUGAAAAUAGUCUAGAUACUUAUAAUUAAUCAUAUUUCAACUGUAUAAUAAAAGUGAUUUGAAGAA